CGCGGAUCGUGGAUGAGCUAUUUGAGUAGAUAGCCGCAAACAAAGGUCGAUCGCAAGACUCAAAAUGAGGUGCUCCAUAUGCAAAGGAACCAACUGCCAAAAAGGCGAUGACUGUAAAAGGAGAAUCAACAGAAGUAACAUGUGCCGCUACAUUUUAAUAAUCCUUGGUGUACUCUUUAUGGCUGCUGGAAUUUGGACACUUUUUGAGAGUAUCAAUACUGGUUCUUCAACUGUCGACACAUUGAAUGUAGAUAAUAGUAAUGAGACUCUUUCACAUCCCGGUAUUGAGGACGAAAAUCGUGUUAUAAGUCCACUUGAGAUUUGUAUUGCUGUUGUUGGUUCAAUCCUUUUAAUUACUGGUUUAGUUUUUCUGAUAACGGGAGUCAGUAAAAAGCGUAAAUUAUUUCCUCAAGGCGAUGGAGAAGAAAUGCAGUCAUUCGACAGUAAAAUAGAUCUUGAUCGUCAAGUCUCAUUUGAUCAAAGUCCAGAAAGCUCGAGUCGAGUUUAUAAAAAAGCAAGAUAUUCAAGUGAAUGUGACGAAGAUGCUCGUAUUGUGAAGAGAAAUGUGUAUCUUGAAUUGGAAAAAUCUCCAAAUGGAAGUGAUUUAGAAGAUGACCCAGAACUUAUUCCACUUAAUAAUGAAAAUAGCUUGGUUUUAUUUCCUGCUGAAUACCCCAAAAAGAUAUGCACUGAUGAAAUUCUUCAGGUUGUGCAUAACUUAGUUCAUGCAUCUGGGUUGAAUUUAAGGACUAAAUACAUGUCAUUGGAGGAUGACUACAUCAAAAUUACGCACCUGGUAAUCAGUACAAGAGAAUAUUUCCAACGAACAGAUCCGAAUUCCUUUAUUGUCAAACUACAAUUAGAAAUUGGAAUUGAAAUGAAGAUAAAACCAAUUGAUUAUUUUGCGAAGAAAAUUAGAAUUUGUUGUGAAUUAGAGGAACAAAUUGAAGAUGCUGACUUUCUAAUAAAGUUUGAGAGGGAAAAUAAUAUUAAGUUUUCACGUUGCGUAAUUGAGAGAAAUGAAUCUGGUUUAGAUGAUUCUAAGAUUUUCUUAGGCAUCACCCCACUGUGCCUCAAACAGAUAAACGACAAAGAUAAUCUUAUCUUAAUUAAUCAGCGAUUGAAAGUUAUCAAUGUAUUGGAGAAUCCAUAUCCGGAGCUAUUUAGUGAUCAACAGUAAAAUAUAUUUUUAUCAAAAUAUCUAAAUGGAUUUUGUAUUAAAAAAAUUGAAAAUUUAUUGCAUUUAAAAAAUCUUAAGAAUAAUUUGUUAAUAAAGAGUUCCAAAAGUUACCACAUCCUUUGAAUCGAAUGUGUAGUUGCAUGACAUAUAAUAGCCGCAUUUUAUUGCAUACCAUAACAGAGGCACAACGAUCAUGAUCGAUGAAGUCUAAUCAAUUUAACGGUUGAAUUAAUUUUAAAAAUUUUCUCAUGGAUUUUAUUUUUAUUUUUUAAAAUAUAAAUUGUAAAAUUUUUAAUCAACAUUAGAAGCUUAUAAAAUAAAAUUUAAAGAAAAUAAUUAAGUUUGUUCUUGAUCAGAACUCGAAGUCGAUAAAUUAUGUUUUAAAAUAAAUUUAUUGAAUAUUGUUUGAAAAGUUGAAGCUUUAAAAAUUUGAAAUUUUAUUAAUCAAACUUGAUAUUAAAAAUGCAGGAAUGAAGACAAUUUAAACAAUACGACAGUUUUAUUAACGUUUCAAGAAAAGUUGCGAUUUCUGUAAGGGGCCGUCCAUAAACUUAUGCGCAUAGAAUUAAGCCUGAAGACUUGGGAUAUCUAAAGUAUGACACUGCCAUAUUUUCUUCUUUUAUCUUUAUUUUGAUUAAAAUAAGAACAAGGAAUAUGCAAAUAUGCAUAAAAUUAAAGAAACUUAUAUAGUAAUAACUAUGUUUCGUGUUGAAUACAAAAAAAAAGAGCAAGCCUACUAUAACAUCGCAAGAUUUACUGAUUAUCAUCGGAGCAAUUUGACUGCAACGGCGCUAAAAUAGAAAAUUAAAAAAAAAAAUUGUAGGUUAUAAAAUUUAAAAAAUUGGCGAAAGUCUUCGUGUUAUAUAUCGAGGUACUUCAGCGCAUUUUUGUGUUAGCGAUCAGUAUUUGAUUUUCUAAUUAUUUUGCGUUCAUUUAUAGAUCAUUAGUAGAUCAGAAGAUCAUUAAUUUUAGUGAAAUUAACAAAUAAUUACAAUGAAUACUUAUACAGAAAAACUCUAUUAUUUAACGGUCUUUUGGAAUUCAAAUUUUCUAAAGUUCAAAAUAUAUUUGAAAUUAUCCUACUUGAAGUUGGCUACAUUGUUUUGAAAUUGAAAAAUCAUUAAUCAUAGAAUUUUCCGGUGGUUUUAAGAUUUUUAACUAUUCGUCGCCGGAAUAACUCGAUUGAACACAGCUAACGCAAAAAACUAGAACUCUCUACGAUAUCUAGAUCAAAAGUUUUUGCAUGCAGCCGAGCAGCCGAGCAAACGAACAAAGCGUAUUAUAAAGCUACCUUUUCGAAACAAGUUUCAAAAAUGCGCUGAAAAUACAGAUAAAUUUUAUGCUUACUUCUCUGAUUCCUUCAAGCAAUGCGUAGUGCAUGUAGAAGAAUCCAAAAAAUACUAAAAAAACCGUCAAAACCCCCAAAACUGAAACUAAGCAUUUUAAAAUAAUUAAAAGAUGUAUGUUUAAAUAUAUUUAAAUUAAUUACGUAAUUUGAAACUAUUACAACUGGUGGCAACAAGUGAUUUUGGACUCGUAUGCAAUAAGGUAUCAAGUAUUUUAAAUUGUUCUGCAAUGUCAUUACAUGGCAUCAGUAAUAACUUCAGCAAUAAAGCUCCAGUAAGCAAUAUCAAAAUACCAUAA